AGAUAAAAUUUUGAUCAAGCCACGAUAGCUAGGGUAUAAUUAUUACCAAUAACUAAUUACUUCUGAAAUCAAUUAAUUUUAAAUAUUUUACUUCAUAGCUAGAUAUAUUUGUUUAUGCUAGAACGACCUUUAAGUUUCUACUGCAACAUAUUAAUGCGUGGGUAGCCAGGAAAAAUCGAUAUCCAGGCACUUUCUAUCAGCCCCCCAUUCCGCAAAACUCCAACGUCCAAAAGUACAGACCGAGGUGCAGUUUUGCUGACCAAAAAAUUAGAACGCAUACCAAUUUUGACUGACUUUUUGAUUCAAACAAAAUGUUUAAAUAAAAUACCCUUUUUUUAUUGAUACGAGAACUGGAUGCUAUCGAUCUAGGGGCUGGAGAUUAACACUGGAUUCUGCGCGUAUCUCUACUCCAUCUAUUUUUAUUUGAAACAUUGCAGCCCAUACAGGCACAUCAGUCCAUUCAGAUUUUAAUGAAAUUUUAAAGGGGCUGAUUUCGGCAGAAAAAAAUGGCCCCGUUGCUGGCCAUGUUUUUUGUCGCAUUAUCAUUUCUCGGGGAUGUAGCAUUGGGACAGAGCGAUCUCCAAAGUGCUCUGGCAGCUCUAGAUCGUCGCCAGAAAGAGCUCGCCGGAUACGAUGACCAACAGUUCAAUUUCUCGCCAUACGACCAGCCUGAUGAUCUGGCAUUUCUUAACAACGCAGCAGACAACAGAAUGUUUGACAGAGACUACUUGGAUGAAGACGGGUUUGAACCAUUGAACAAGAGGCUCACCACGUCAUUUAGAGAGAGAUUGGAAGAAGAUAGAAAGAAACAAAUGGAGGAGUUUGCCAAAAACCUCAUCACCAACUUAGAAACCAGCGGAAUGCCAGGUGUUUCCGAUGAGAAUUACUUGAGAGACUUGUGGGAGCGUUAUUAUGGAAAUGACUUUAAUAAUUAUGGAAAUGAAGUAGCAAAAAGAGUCUAUUAUUAUCCAACCUACGGCAUUGAAAACGUUGGUUUGCGCAAACGGAACAGAUACUAUGACGUAGACGAAGAGCCAAUUUAUUCUAUCCACCACCAUGUUCCAAGAGAAGAUAUCCCAGAAGAUUGGGUGAAUUAUCUAAAAGACCGUCGAUAUCUAGUCAAGCCUUAUCCGCCAUCUCAUCGACCUUUCGCAAAAAAUAAGCGAUUCGCCAUAGCCAAGAGGAGCAACGUGAAUAACCAUGGAGAGCAAAAAAGGUCAGUAAAGAAACAGACCGACCCGAAGGUUCAGAAAGAUUUGUCAAAUAUUUUCAACGGGGAGCCGAAGACUACAGAAAAAGAUACUCCCGGCUCUUCCACCACACAAAAACCCGAUAACACAAAGCAAUACCAAGAAACACCCUCCAAAACCAUCGAAAAGAAAGACAGCCCUAAAAAAGAGAUCAAUAAAGAGGUAUAUGCACCUGUCGCACCUCAAAACAAGAAGUUACUCCAAAUCAAGAAAAAAUCCAUUGACUGGUCGGACUAUUUCGGUUUAGAUCGUCGCAAGAAAUCUGAAAACAGCGGUUUGGACAAAGAAUGGCUUUCAGAGCGGUAUCAUAAGGCGAUUGCUGUAACAGCGAAGAAACGCAAUGCUGAGCUUCCACUCCAGUCGUUCAGAAACCACGACAACCCGCCUUUGGAAAAAGAAAAUGCCCGAAAAACCGAAGAGCAAAAAAUUAAUGAAAUGGACUCGAAAUUGGAGAAACUGGAAGACGAAAUUGUUGAAGAUGCUCUAAAAUACACCGGAGCACAUCAGGAUGAUGUCGAUAGCAAAGAAGUGCAGCAAAUCAAGAACAACAUCAUAUCCCGCCUAGCUCAAGCUUACAACAUCGAAAAAAUGCGCAACGCCCUAGAAGAGUACAAAAUCGAAAUCGAAAAAGCCAAAAAAGAAGUGGAAAAGAACAAGGAAUCUGACGGUUUCUUUGACGAUUACAUUUUGGAGGAGAAAAGGUUGUCCGUUCCUAGAAAAGAAGCCGUGGAUAUUAGUAGAGAAAACGUGGAAGGCGAUAACAACAUCAAAUGCACCAAUUCUGAGGACUGUCACGAGCAGAACUACAAAACUCCUUCGGAUAUUAUAGAGAAUCACCUCGCAAAUUUAGAUCAAUGUCCAGCUAUACAACGUGCUUGCAAUGAUGUAGCUUCAAUUAUAGGUCACUAUGGACACGUUUUUGAGGCUGCCUGUAAUAUUCAUCAAAUGUGUCUGUUAUGCAGUAACAACAGCUGGUUCUCCCCAACAAGACAGUGCAACGUUUUGUUCUUAUCGAAAGCUUACGAACUAUGCCUGGGUAAAGAGGAAUGCAAGAAGGAAGCUCGUAGAUCUGUGGGUUACCUCUUGGACAUAAACCGGUCCCUGCAAGCUCAGUCAGCUUUGAACGACGAAUGCGAACUUCACUGUCCAGAUACGGACAUCGUAUCCAACUAAUUCGAUAUAGUUAUUGCAUGUCACCCCAUUUGACAACUCCAAAAAAUGUAUAUGUUACCGAAAUUAUUUGGAAUAAAAUAAGUGUAUCUUCCGUCUAUCUAAAAAACAUCACAUUAUGCAGAUGUACAAGAGAGUACACACUCGAUAGCACUGUAUGUUUAGAAAGCCAGAAAACCUCUUAUAUGUCUUAACUACUACUAGUUGUUGCUUGAGCAAGUAUUAUCUUAAAAUUGUUGUUACUUAUUAAAUGAAUUUAAAAAAAAUACUAUAAAAAAAUCUUCUUGGUUGGUGUUUAUGUUUGAAAUAUAACAAAAAAUAUACAAUUUAAUGGUAAAAUUAAUGUAAUCAUAUAGGACAAAAAAAA